GUCCAGAAAGGACGUGUGCCAUCACCUUCCACAUUUCUUGACACCACGAACCUGGCCCAUCACAGAACGCUCCAAGGCCAGGGGAAGAUGGCCUCUGUGCCAGUGUAUUGCCUCUGCCGGCUGCCUUACGAUGUGACCCGCUUCAUGAUCGAGUGUGACAUGUGCCAGGACUGGUUUCAUGGCAGUUGUGUUGGUGUUGAAGAGGAGAAGGCUGCUGACAUUGACCUCUACCACUGCCCAAACUGCGAGGUUCUUCAUGGGCCCUCUGUUAUGAAAAAACGCCGUGGAUCUUCAAAAGGGCACGAUACUCACAAGGGAAAGCCAGUGAAGACUGGAAGCCCUACAUUCAUUCGGGAGCUUCGGAGUAGGACCUUUGACAGCUCAGAUGAAGUUAUUCUGAAGCCCACUGGAAGUCAGCUUACUGUGGAAUUCCUGGAAGAAAAUAGCUUCAGUGUACCCAUCCUGGUCUUGAAGAAGGAUGGGCUGGGGAUGACGCUGCCCUCACCGUCAUUCACUGUGAGGGAUGUGGAACACUAUGUUGGUUCUGACAAAGAGAUUGAUGUGAUUGAUGUGACCCGCCAGGCCGACUGCAAGAUGAAGCUCGGUGAUUUUGUGAAAUAUUAUUACAGCGGGAAGAGGGAGAAAAUCCUCAAUGUCAUUAGUUUGGAAUUCUCUGAUACCAGGCUUUCUAACCUUGUGGAGACACCCAAGAUUGUUCGGAAGCUCUCAUGGGUGGAGAACUUGUGGCCGGAGGAGUGUGUAUUUGAGAGGCCCAGCGUGCAGAAGUACUGCCUCAUGAGUGUGAGGGAUAGCUAUACAGACUUUCACAUUGACUUUGGCGGCACCUCAGUCUGGUAUCAUGUGCUCAAGGGUGAAAAGAUUUUCUACCUGAUCCGCCCAACCAAUGCCAACCUGACUCUCUUUGAGUGCUGGAGCAGUUCCUCUAAUCAGAAUGAGAUGUUCUUUGGGGACCAGGUGGAUAAGUGCUACAAGUGUUCCGUGAAGCAAGGACAGACACUUUUCAUUCCUACAGGGUGGAUCCAUGCUGUGCUGACUCCCGUAGACUGCCUUGCAUUUGGAGGGAACUUCUUACACAGUCUUAACAUUGAAAUGCAGCUCAAAGCCUAUGAGAUUGAGAAGCGGCUGAGCACAGCAGACCUCUUCAAAUUCCCCAACUUUGAGACCAUCUGUUGGUAUGUGGGAAAGCAUAUCUUGGACAUCUUUCGAGGUUUGCGAGAGAACAGGAGACACCCUGCUUCCUACCUGGUCCAUGGUGGCAAAGCCCUGAACUUGGCCUUUAGAGCCUGGACAAAGAAAGAAGCUCUGCCAGACCAUGAAGAUGAGAUUCCAGAGACAGUGCGGACCGUACAGCUCAUUAAAGAUCUGGCUAGGGAGAUCCGCCUGGUGGAAGAUAUCUUCCAACAGAACGUUGGGAAGACGAGCAAUAUCUUUGGGCUGCAGAGGAUCUUCCCAGCUGGCUCCAUUCCUUUAACCAGGCCAGCUCAUUGCACUUCAGUAUCCAUGUCCAGACUGUCACUGCCCUCCAAAAGUGGUUCAAAGAAGAAAGGCCUGAAGCCCACGGACUUCUUCAAGAAGGCAGAGCGAAAGGGCAAGGAUUGCUCAGCUUUGGGGCCUGCUGGCCAAUUGAGCUAUAAUCUCAUGGACACAUACAAUCAUCAGGCACUGAAGACAGGCUCUUCCCAGAAAGCAAAGUUUAACAUCACUGGUACCUGCUUGAAUGACUCAGACAACGACUCGCCAGACUUGGACCUUGAUGGGAAUGAGAGCCCGCUGGCCCUAUUGAUGUCUAAUGGCAGUACCAAGCGGGUGAAAAGCUUAUCCAGAUCUCGGCGAGCUAAGAUUGCAAAGAAAACAGACAAAGGUAGACUAGUGACGGAACAGGUGAUGGAGGAAGAAUUUGACUUGGAUUCAGAAGAUGAACUGCAGAUUGAUGAGAGACUGGGAAAGGAGAAGACGACCCUGAUAAUAAGACCAAAAUUUCCUCGGAAGUUACCCCGUGCAAAACCUUGCUCUGACCCCAACCGAGUUCGUGAACCAGGAGAAGUUGACUUUGACAUUGAGGAGGACUAUACAACAGAUGAGGACAUGGUGGAAGGGGUUGAAGGCAAGCUUGGGAAUGGGACGGGAGCUGGUGGAAUUCUUGAUCUGCUCAAAGCCAGCAGGCAGGUGGGGGGACCUGACUAUGCUGCUCUCACUGAGGCUCCUGCCUCACCCAGCACUCAGGAGGCCAUCCAGGGCAUGCUGUGCAUGGCCAACCUACAGUCCUCAUCGUCCUCACCAGCUACCUCCAGUCUGCAGGCCUGGUGGACCGGGGGACAGGACCGAAGCAGCGGGAGCUCCAGCAGCGGGCUAGGCACAGUGUCUAACAGUCCUGCUUUCCAGCGCACCCCAGGGAAACGACCCAUCAAGCGGCCACCAUAUUGGAGAACCGAGAGUGAGGAGGAGGAGGAGAAUGCCAGUCUGGAUGAACAGGACAGCUUGGGAGCAUGCUUCAAGGAUGCAGAGUAUAUCUAUCCAUCACUGGAGUCUGAUGAUGACGACCCUGCUUUGAAAUCUCGACACAAGAAAAAGAAGAAUUCAGAUGAUGCUCCAUGGAGCCCUAAAGCCCGUGUGACCCCAACCCUACCAAAGCAGGACCGUCCUGUGCGUGAGGGGACCCGGGUAGCCUCCAUUGAGACAGGCUUGGCUGCAGCAGCUGCAAAGUUGGCCCAACAGGAGCUGCAGAAGACCCAAAAGAAGAAAUAUGUCAAGAAGAAACCUUUGCUGAAGGAAGUAGAACAGCCUCGCCCUCAAGACUCCAAUCUGAACCUGGCAACACCAGCCCCAACUCUCACCACGACACCCCAGCUUUUCAACCCCUUGCCUCCUGAGCCUAAACAAGAGGCCCUCUCAGGAAGCCUUGCUGACCACGAGUAUACUGCUCGUCCCAAUGCAUGUGGCAUGGCCCAAGCAAACCGCAGCACCACACCCAUGGCCCCCGGUGUCUUCCUGACCCAGCGGCGCCCUUCGGUUGGCUCCCAGAGCAAUCAAUCAGGACAAGGAAAGCGUCCCAAAAAGGGCCUGGCCACAGCAAAGCAGAGACUCGGCCGUAUCCUGAAAAUCCACAGAAAUGGCAAACUCCUUCUGUGA